GUGCGGGCUGUAUGUCCUGUGUGUGCAAAGCGGCGAGACGGCAGUCAGACUCUCCCGUGGGCUCGGUUAGAAAAGGAGGCGGGUGGAAGAACAUUUAAAGUUACCGGACUUUCGGACAGAACCAACUUCUCUUUGCUUUGCUUGGUGCGGUGAGCGAGAUCAGCCACUCUUCCCUGGCCUGGCUUGUGUGUGGCUCCUGACUUCCAAACAAUGUGAUUGAAUCUUGAUCAUCCUCAAGCGGACAGGACGGGCAGCCACAAUUCUGAAAUGGAAACGAGCAACUAACUAGAUUGCAUGAGUGGCUGGACUUGAUGCAUGCGGGUUGCAUGACUAAUGUCUUUGUGGAUUUAUGAAUAAACAGAUGCAGAUAUGGCUCACACUGUGAUUAAUGGGAGUGUUCCAGGGCACAGCGUGAGUAAGCAGGCAGGGCUUUGCUUGACGAGCUUUCUCGGCCUGGGUGAAGUUUGCUGAAAAUGUUUGGAAGCCCUGCAUCAGAGAUUUUAUAAGCAAUUUGUUUCUUGGGGUUUGGAGAGAGUGGGCAGAGAAAAGCUUGAAUGUAAAGUUAACCACCAUUUCAGAAGCUGGAUCUUGUUUCCUCACAGUUGCUUGUCUGCAAUUAAAAAGGCGAUGGUUCUUUAAAUGGAGAAGAUGAGAAGGAUCUGCAGUCUCCGUAUUCGGUGGAAACUCCUUAUGGUUUUCAAAUUGACCUGGAUUUUCUGAAAUAUGUGGAUGAUAUACAAAGGGGAAACACGAUAAAGAAACUGAAUAUUCAAAGAAAGCCCAAAGUGGCUAAAGGUCCUGCAAAUCCGAGAAGCACAGGAGAGCAGGUCAGUGGAUGGACAUCAACAGAAUCCCUGUCCUCCUCCAACAGUGAGGACAACAAAUUGUCACCAUCACUGUUUAUUGGUGCUAGAAGCCAGCAUACUCCUCAAAUAAGGAGCAGUGGAACUGAGGCUUCCCCAGCACUCUUGAGUGUUCAAGAAAAGAAACUGUUGCCUCCACCUUCACCAAGGCCAGCAGUGCAUAACUUCCAUGUUGAAAAAACUCUGAUGGAAACCCGAAGAAGGUUGGAGCAAGAGCGAUUGAUCAUGCAGUCGACUGUUGGAGAUGUGCGGCGCCCGAGGUUUGCGAGUUUUGGAGGCAUGGGCUCGACCAAUUCCUUGGCUUCAUUUACAGGAUCAACUGGGCUAAAUCAAGUAUCCCCAAAUUCCCAGCAAAUUCAAAAUGGCUUCCAGGCAAAUGGAGAUUACAAUCCUUACUUUGCUUCAUCGAUGGGCAGUUCCAUUCGUCACAGCCCUUUGAGCUCUGGCAUCACCACGCCUGUCACAAAUGUCACUCCAAUGCAUCUGCAGCACAUCAGGGAGCAAAUGGUCAUUGCCCUUCGGCGACUGAAGGAGCUCGAGGAGCAAGUGAAAACCAUUCCGAUUCUCCAAGUAAAAAUUUCAGUGUUACAGGAAGAAAGGAGGCAAUUAACAGCACAGCUGAAAAGCCAAAAGACUGCAAAUCAGAACGCUGCUUGUGGGUUUCGAAAGCGAUCCUACAGUGCUGGAAACGCGGAUCAUUUUGAGCAGUUGCUACAGAUCAAGCAAGGAGGAGAGCUGCACAUCGACUCCGAGGAUGAAAUGGAAAGCUUGGAUCAGAGUUCUGUGAGAAUGGAAGAAUUCAGGCAUUUGACAGCAGAAAUGCAAGCGCUUGAGAAAAAGAUUCAGGACAAUGUUGAUGAGAAGCAGAUCGCACGGCCGUUGAUGAAAGGGAGAGAGUACAGGUCUGUCGCUGUCGGAGCAGAUGUGGACAUGAACAAUGUUGUAGUUUAUCAUCGAUCCGAUAGACAUUUCAAAGAUGUGGCAGUGGGGACAGCUGUUGAACAGACUGACGUCAGUAUUGGGGUCACUGAGACUCUAUUAGGUAUCACCACUGAGGCGGACAUGGAAAUUGAGCUGCAACAGCAGACCAUUGAUGCUCUAAAGGAGAAAAUCUAUAGACUUGAGGUGCAAUUAACGGAAACUACUCACGAAGUGGAAAUGAGUAAACUAAAACUGGAGCUACAGGUUGCUGGAUCAAGGAAAAGGGCAGAUAAACAUGUCAUGGCACAGCCUCUGACCACCAGCGCAUCAGUGCAAGCAGUAGUGCAAAUGAAAAACCAAAUAGUAGGUGACCAUGUAAACUAUUGUGAUGCUUGUGUGGGGACUCAGCAGCAAACACACAGCACUGGAGUCACUUGUAGGCCUGAUUGUCAAGAUAUAUCUGUGGGUUCAGAUAUACCUAUGAACUGCUGGGUGGUACAUGAAAAGGUGGAAUUGCAAGAUAUAGCUGUAGGUCACCGUGUUGUAAUGUGUGAUAAAGCAAUGAAUUGCGGGCUGAAAACGUGCUGCGAUGUAGCUGUAAAUACAGAAGGAAUAAUAAUGGACCAUCAAGAUCUUGCCAAGAUCAAUGUCAGGGAAGUUAAAUCGAUAGGGUCUGGUGAUUGUUCAGUGGACGUUACUAUUUGCCAACGAAAAGAACUAAUGUCUUCAAGUACGAACACAGUUCAGGUUAAUACAGCUGACUCAGCAGUAAUGGCGAUGCCCCAAACAGCAAACCAACAAACUCGUACAGAUGUGAAUACAUCCAACCAAUUCACUAAUACCAAGGUAGUAACACUUAUAGACUCCACUACCAAUACCAAUGUGAGCAAUAUUAAUAAGGAGACCAAUACUACAAUUAUUGAAACACGAACUGUAGCUGUCGGAGAUGGUAGAGUGAAGGAUAUCAAUGCAACUGUUAAAACCCGCUCCAUUGGUGUGGGCACAAUAUCCAAUUAUGACAUUGAUUUGGAGAAAUCAUCUGUUAAGACCAGAGAUUUUGGAGUUGGUCAGUUGAGCAUCAACGAAAACUUCCUUGUUGGUUUGAAAACAAGAAAUAUUGCCUGUGGCACAAUCCAUCUGCAACCUGUACCUGCAAACACAAAGAGUAUCGGUGUUGGUGAUGAGUCUGUGUUUGCUGAGAAAUGCCAGGAGCAAAAUGACACGGAGCAAAAUCCAGCAGAAGAAUCCACGUUGAACCAUUAUGUUGAGCGUGUACAAAAGUUGUUGCAGGAGCAACAAAUGUUACUUGCUGAAAAUUACACUGAACUAGCUGAUGCCUUUGGAGAACCCGAUUCACAGAUUGGGUCUCUCAACUCCCAGCUCCUCAAUACACUGACUUCUAUAAAUUCGGUUAUGAAAUAUGGGAGCAACGAGGAAACGAAAAGCAAUGUUAAUGAAAGCCCUUCUGCAGAUUCAUCAGGAGCGACUGGGGAGCAACAUUCUUGCAUCCACACCUCCAGUCUUGUGACGACUAUGACUUUGUCAACAAUAAACAAUCAGAUUUCACCUUUAAAGAUUGGAGACUCUUGUGAGACGUUGUCACAACAGGAAGACAUAGUCCUUCAAACUGUUUUAGCCAACCAGCAAACAGCCACUUCCCUUCAUGUGCCUUCUGGCAGCACAGGCGCGCUAAAAUCAAUUAUGAAAAAGAAAGAUAGCCCCAGAAAGCACGAAGCGAAUGGCAUGAAGAAGAACCUUCAGUUUGUGGGUGUUAAUGGAGGGUACGAAACAACAUCCAGCGAUGAUUCGAGUUCGGAUGAAAGCUCAUCUUCUGAAUCGGAUGAUGAGUUAGAAGUUCAAGAAAGUUCUAAAGAUGAAGUGAAGAUUAAUUGUGAUGUACAGCCAGAGGAACCUUGUCUGUGUGGGACUGAGACGGCAAGUGUGGCAAAUCAAGAGGUCGCCAAGUUGGAAACAAAUGAAAAAGAAGUUGGCAAAGUGGAAGUAAGAGAAAGGUACGAGUUAAGUGAGAAGGUGUUGUCAGCAUGCAAAAUAUUGAAAAACCAUCUUAAUGAUCCAAAAGCAAUGGCCAGCAAAGAAGUGAGACUUUGCCUUAACAACAUCCAGCAUGAAUGGUUCCGUGUAUCAAGUCAGAAGUCAGCAGUUCCCAUCAUGGUAGAGGAUUACCUGACAGGAUUCAGGGAGGUUUCAGCAGAGGUCUUGAAACAUGUGGUCAACAUGGCCGAUGGAAAUGGCAACACAGCCCUUCACUACAGUGUAUCUCACUCAAAUUUUGAAAUUGUGAAGUUGCUUCUUGUUGCAAAUGUAUGCAAUGUUAAUCAGCAGAAUAAAGCUGGCUAUACUCCGAUCAUGCUUGCUGCUCUUGCUGCAGUGGAAAAUGAGAAAGAUAUGAAAAUUGUGGAUGAACUUUUUAGUCAAGGCGAUGUGAAUGCCAAAGCCAGUCAGGCUGGUCAGACAGCGCUGAUGCUUGCAGUAAGCCACGGUCGGAUGGACAUGGUGAAAGCACUUCUCCUCUGCGCUGCUGAUGUCAAUAUUCAGGAUGAUGAGGGGUCUACAGCUCUGAUGUGUGCGAGUGAACAUGGGCAUGUGGAGAUAGUUAAGCUUCUUCUGGCCCAAUCUGGAUGUGAUUCCACACUAGCUGACAGUGAUGGAAGUACAGCAUUAUCCAUUGCUCUGGAGGCUGGUCAUAAGGAUAUAGGAGUCUUACUUUAUGCUCACGUAAACUUCUCCAAAGCUACAUCCCCGGGAACACCUCGAUUAGGAAGGAAAACCUCUCCAAGUCCAACGCGCCGAAGCAAAUUCGAUUGAUUAGUACUUACCAUUCACCUAAUCCUUUACCAAGCUGCUAUGUAUUGUUAAUAUUGACAGAUACUGAAUGUAAAUGUGUGCCUGAGCUCACCAGCAAAAUAACUGUUUCUUAGCAAUAGUACUAAAGGUAGCUCUGCCAAUCCAUUGACCAGCAACUAAACUGAAAAGCUUUAUGGGAGCUGGCAUUAUUCACUCUUCAUGAUGCUUAGCAUUACGGUGCUGAUGUUACAAGCUUUAUCAGAGUGUUUAAAAUUCCAUCUUUGUUUUUUAAUCCUUGGUGGUCACAUAAUAUGUGACGGUUUCAUUUGACUGCAUUCAAUGUUAGAAGUUAUAAUCUAUAUUUUUGUCUAUAUAAACUUCAUUAAAAUAAGUGUCAUGAUACUUUUUAGAACUAUAUUUAUAUUUGAUGAAAAUAUAGAAUAAAAUGGUAACAUUCAAAUUAAGAUGAUCUGGGGGAUGAUCUCUGUAUAGGUUUCCCUUUAUCACAGAAACUAUUUCCUGAUUAUUGAAACUUUUAUAUAUCAAACAAAAUCGUUUGUAUCGUUAAAAAUUGAGUCGUACAGUAUUUUCAACCUAUUUUAUACAUAGCCUAAAAUAAAUUUACAUGAAAAACAAUUUACUAUUGACACAGCUUUUUAAUUAUUUUAGAAUUUGUCAUUUGUAUCUAAUUUGGUUUUGGUGACAAUGAGGUAUUAUUUGUAUAUCGACCUGUCCAAUUAAAGCCCUGUAUAUGGAUUUUUGUGCAUAUUUAUAAGGCUGAAAUGUUGUCACAUUUAAAUUGUGGUGUGUAUUUAAAUGUUUGAAGUGCCUUAGAUCCUUGCCAUAUUUUCAGAAUAAAAGUUCCAUUAUACUAA